GUUGGCUACAACGUUACACAGCACCGUCCGAGGUACGGCUCAAGAAUUUGGGUUAUCCACAGAAAUAGACCCUUGUCGAGUCGUCAAAAUAGUAGAGACACGUAAUAAUGCAGUUGACAACCUAACCGGCAUUACAACCUAAACUGCUACACUUGUCAGGAGGACUUCAGGGACCCGUUUUUUCGACGACUUGACUGAAUUCCCUGACAUGCGACUGGGCAACAUCAUAUUUAUGUAAGAGAUCAACUGCUCGGUGGACCGUUCACGGAUGACCUCAUGGAAAAGACGGAUUAUUUCGAGUGAUAGAAUAGAGCUACACAGGAGACCCGACGCAGUUAAGGCACCGCCAACUACGCAUGUCGGUCCGCUACUCUCUUUCUAGCCUACUACCUCGUGUCUCUGGACUGAUCUCUGAUAGGGGGUCAUAAACGUCUUCACACAGAGUCAAGGACAACCAUAGAGGAUCGCAAUUUGAAGCCGGUGCACACAGUCACUUGGCCGAGUGCCCUGUGGAUCACACACUGUGCCGGAGACAGACGGGUCAAACUACAAGGUAACACCGUUACUUCCAAGGAACCGUGCCGUCACUCUUUCAUUCCAAAAUACUUCAAUAUACCACGUAGUUCAGCAUUCGCGAAAGCCGGCAUGAGAGAGAAACGUUUUUCUGGCAAUGGCUUAUUAGCCUGUAGGGACAAGCUGAUUAACGAGUCAAGGACAUGCAUUAUGCAUGAAGGACCGUGAAUAAUAGAAAUUACAGUCGUGCCACGUCUCGCCGUCCAGCCGAUUCACGAGCCUGUCCCACACGACCUACUUUUCUCCAGGAGAAUUGAUGAUGCGAACAGAGGAUCGUUUGCAUGCAUUUGACGGUGUAGUCCGGUACUGCAGGCAUACAGAGAGUUGUUAGACCGACUCACUGAGCGUAAAUGUGUCAUCUUGUUUCGACAGAACCGAUGCUUGAAUUUGCUUUAAAGAGGAAGCAUGAAUGUUGAUGAAAUAGAAAACAUUUGAAUAGAUAACGAGUGCAGAUGGGGAAAGAAGAUUUCGGACACCCUUAAGCCAAAGAAGGAAAUGAGAACGCUGUCCACAGCAAAAUGGAGUUAAAAGAUUAACCGAGUUGCUCUGACAUAACCUUUUGGACUGCUGAAGUAAAAGGCCCACUGCAGUAGUAUCACACUGGAUUAUGGUCACUUUUCAGUCAAACCCUUGGCUCACCUUUUUUCCUUCUUUGAACUGAAUCUCAGGGAUUCAUUUUAGAAACAGCCCGUCUUGUGCACAGGGUACUUUUCAUGGCUGGUGCCCCAGAGACUGGCGGAUAAAAGCCUCAAGAAUUUUUUUUACCUGGGAACCCUCCUCCAUUUUUGCAGCAGUGAAAUGUCCAGUGAGGCUGGUCAGCAUUGGACGAUCCAAGUCAACAAACUGCUACUGAGAUAACGAAAAGAAAAUUGCCUGAUGUACAGGCCUGAUGCCUAAUGUGUGUUUGCCAUCAAGCAAUAAAUUAACAAGGAGGAAAUGUAAAGAGGAGAUAUAGCACUUUGAAUUAGUUUCUUAACUGGUUAUUUGCCAGUCUGUGCAACUGAACUUGCACCUUUUGUACUGUAAUUAAUUGAGUUGAAUUAGAAUCAAACUGAAUCCAUCAUGUGGUCCGUGCCAUUACUCCGCCACACGGACGUGCCGCCGCGCGUCACCGAGAACUUCAUCCUCACUGGUUACCGCUUCCCCAACUACAGCUUCCGCCAGUGCCUGGCCUCGGCCUUCCGCCCCACCAACGAGACCGGCAACUUCUGGACACACUUCCUGCCGGUCUUCAUCUUCGCCUUCCACUUCCAGGAAGUGUUCGGCUGGGAGGGCACGCCGGCCCCCUCCGACCCCUUCUUCUACCCGCUGUGGAACUACCUGCUGGGCGUGUGCUGCCUGCUCCUGGCCAGUAGCCUGGCUCACCUGCUCAACUCCAUGUCACUGAUCGUCCGUGAGGUCUGCUUCUUCGUGGACUACGGCACCAUCAGCGCCUACACGGUGGGCUCCUCGCUGGCCUACUACUACUACAUCCACCCGCGGGCCGGAAUCCCUCCCCUCGGAGGCGUCGGAGGAGGAGGAGGAGGAGGGGCGAACGCGUCGCAGUUGGGGUUGAGUGGCGAGGUUGAUGUGGAGUCUCCUUUGGCGUCGGCGUCUUGGCUGCCGGAGUUCCAGGUGUUUUUCGACACACUCUACAUCCCCGGCUCCUGCCUGGUGGCCAUCAUCUGCGUGCUGGCGUGCUGCAACACGCGCCAGCACUGGCGCACCUACCGCUACGCCAUCCGCACCCUCGUCUUCCUCCUGCCCUUCUUCGUCUCGUCCACGCCCAUCUUCUACCGGCUGCUCAGUCCGAACCCGUACCCCUCAGCCUCCUCGUCCUCGGCCGCCGCCGCUACCACCGCCCACUACUUCUACCGCCACUGCUUCUGGCUCGUGGUGUCGGCGCUCUUCAACAUCAGCAAGGUGCCCGAGCGCCUGUGCCCGGGCGCCUUCGACAUCUGGGGCCACAGCCACCAGUGGUUCCACUGCUGCACCUUCUUCUCCAUCCUGGACGAGCUGCACAUGAUCAAGGCCGAGGUGCGGGCACUCUGCCUCCACCCGACGCUGGUGCUGCCGCCCGCCGUCCCGACCAGGCUGCCGGGCCCGGCUCUCCUCACCACCUACGGGGUGAUGGUGCUGCUGCAGGUCUGCAUCGCCUCCAUCAUUGCCUGGUUCAGCUGGGGCGCCUACCUCAUCUACGCCCCGCAGCAGAAGCAACUAAAGCAGCUAAAGCAAUAUUGAUUAGCAGUGGUAACGUUCAGUAAUGGACCCAAAUACAUUGAAGGCCAUCUGUCUGACCUUCUCAACAUCAAUUGUGACUUUGGCAUUAUUUUAUUAUAUUAAUUGUAUUUUUUAGAUAGAUGAUGUCAUUCUCAUUGCACUAAUGGGUUUUAUAUCCUGUACUGAUUCAUCUUUGACUGAUGGAGGCCACUGAUUCUCUUUUUAACUUGAACCUUAAACUCUGCCCCUGCUGUAUGAACUGAAACAUUGAUUUAAAUGGAAGUGACAGUUUACCAGGUCAUUUCCCUCUUUGUAGCCAUUUGUGUGAGCUGUGUGGGGCUCUGAGGGACUUCCAGAGGUUACAGUGUGUUCUGUAGCGAGAUAAAAAUUCCAUCUCCCUUAGGGCUGUGAAGACACAGAUAAAAUCAGGGAUUUUUUUGCUGAAGGGAGUCUGUAAACCCAGUUGAUAGCAUUAGCAUAGCAUAGAUGUUUCCGAAUCACUCCCACACACUUUCCUGUUGCUAUUUUUGCCUUGGAUUUCAUCCUUAGUACCACUAUACUCUCUCCCUCUAUUUAUCUCCUCUCUAUCCCUCUCUCUCCCUCUCUCUUGGUCUUUAAUGUCUCAUUUCCUCUGCUUUUCCUGUGAGCCGUUAAACAGGAAGUCAGGAGUUACAAACAGGAUAAAUGACUAAGGUUUCUGUUCACCCUCUGCUUUGAUGUAAGAAAUGGCAGGGCGAGUUCUUGUGUAGCGAUGCACUUUAGUUUUUAGGGCGUUAUGUCCAAUCUGUCUUUCCUCCUUUAAGAUCUUUGGUGUAAUGAUGUCGUCAGCAUACAUAAAUAAUUAACAGGAAAUGCUCUGGGGAGCUGUAAUGGAGAAUGUUGAUUUAUUUGUAGAACAGCAAUGUUUUCACUUUAUAGAUAUCAAUUUACAUCAAACAUAAUCUAUGCAUGUCUUACUAUGAAUUUGUAGGUGCUUAAUUGAGCAAUAGAAACAGAAAGAGAGAGGUGCCUUUAAGGACACAGAGUUCAGUUCAGGCAAAGGGAAGUGUGUCUAUCUGCCUGCAGGAAAAUGCAACACAAAGGACACAUUUUCGAACAUAAAUGUCUUCUUUUGUGGCCUAUGUUUUGUUGAUUGUGUCUGCAUUUUCCUUAAUAUUCAAGCCAUACUUAAAAUUAGAAAACAUAUCGCUACUACUUUUAUUACUUAGCAUUAUUGCUGUUAUUAUUACUAGUAAUUACUGGUAAUAUGAGCAAUAGUCCUGGCGGAUCAGGCUUUAUAAUUAGUUUAUCUUGCACUCAGUGCACUGGAUGCUUUCAGGAAGUGUUGGUGGUGUCUGGGAAAUCCCGUGGGUGUUUUACUGGGUGAAUUAGGCUACCCAGUGGCAUCAUGGGAUUGAAACAGAUAAAAGCGCUCAACCACUUCCUCUGAGCGUGUGGUGGUGGUGGAAACUACUGAGGCCUUUUCUUUGGAAAGGCUGCUUUCAGAGACGGGGGCGAAGGAAGAGUGUGGUCCCACUGUGAAGUUAGGCUGCUAUAGUCAGUUCCACAGAAAAAGAACAUUUCAAAUUGCUCACUCCCAAAACUUUCACUCUGCACUUUGAGUUUAGGGGGGGGGUCUGCUGUCUUGCAAGUCACCCUGUUUGGGAAAGAAUGGCCACUCUACUUCUCCCAUUUGAGAGGGGGGGGGCUGUUUACGUGCAUCCAAACAUGCAUUUCUGCCGGCAAGUGAGCACUUGGGUAACUGUGUGUGUUUGUGAGAUCCAUACAAAUUGAGGGUUAAGUGAAGAGAAGUGGAACCCGACCCAGGUCUUCAUGGCUGACUUGCCAAGGUCUGUGUCACCUCUUUAAUUAAAAAGGCUGAGCUGUUUGGCUUAGAGCUUUCAAAUGUCUCUGUCGCAAGGCCCUAAGUAAAGGGACUGUUUUAUCAUUGUUUAAACGUGUUAGAUUGAGAAUGUUCUUAAAUUCUUUCUAUUGAAAAUAUUAAGCAUUAGACUUUGCAUUGUAACCAUAAUGCUUGCAACCAACCCGUGCUAAUAUAUUUUUUUGUAAUUGCUGUUAUGUAUUUUAUGUUUAUAAAAUACAAACUAGAGCCUUAUGACAGAGUCGAGAGUGCCUAGCCCUCCAACUUGGAAUGUGCUCUGUCUGUCUUCAGGAUUUAAAGCAGAAAACUUCAACACAGGCUUUAAUGUCCAGAUGAUAGACUGAGCGUGGUGUUGUCAUAGUGACACUUUGGCCAGAGGGGCUGACCUCUAGGGGGAGGGCGGGGGGCACUGUUUGGUGUGAAAUGAUAGCCCCACAGCUCCUCUAUUAGUUUUGCACAGUGGCACAGUCCUGCUAGUCUUAGCAAAACCAACUACAGCUUUUUUUACAUCAACAAAAAAAAGGAUUAUGGCUGUCCAUUUCGGUGCUAAGUUUUGCACUCUGAAAUGUGUGUGAUGUGUGGGAUAGUGUUUGUUUUGCGAAUGAUGUGUUAGAUUGUAACUUAUAGAUUGAGUCUCACUGUACUGUAUGUGUCUGCCACUCACCAUGAUUUGUCCACUGGAAUUUCACCACAGCUUCUUGCGCACAUAGUUCUGUUUGUAAAACAAUGUGACUUGUGAUGUCUAUACCAUUUUAGUGUAACUCCCUCUAACCAGGUUCAGGAUUGGCAAGAAACAAUGCAAGGAACAAUAAACAAUAUUUGUGAUGCUGCUUCAAGAACUUUCUGGAAGUGCACAUAUCAGAAGUGCAGAAGUGCAGUCACACCUUCUGGAUGGAUGGUUCCAUCUUUUUUAUUCAUGCUCAAAACAGGGUGCCCCCCAAACUACAUGGACUGAUCUACUUAGCCUCGGUAUGAAUAUUAGCAAAGAAUAUCAAAUGAUAUACAGCAAAUAUAACUGCUGGACUCACAAUGGACAAUCAAUGUGUGUUUUUAGACUAAAUGUCAAUGUUACGUUUCAGUUGCCAUUACUUGUUAUUCUGCAUCUGUGCCCUGGUAUCAGAAGUCACUUUGGUGGCAAGGAUGAUCUUCCAAGAAAACAGGGCUUUGCAUGUUGGGGCCCAGCAAUAACUUAUUGUCGAAUUCUUAUAUUAGUUUGAACUUAGUAUAGGUAGUAUAGUAUAGGUUAGUAUAGAGUUGAUAUUAAUGAGAGGCUGAUUGAGCCUAUUUUGUUUAUAACAAUUUAUAGACAAAUAAAAAAAUCAGUGUUGCUCAAUAUA